CACAGGCAGGACGCGCGGAGGCCUCUAUUGUCGCCAUGCCGUUCCCGUUUGGAAAGUCACACAAAUCUCCAGCAGACAUUGUGAAGAACCUGAAGGAGAGCAUGGCUGUUCUGGAGAAGCAGGACAUUUCUGACAAAAAAGCAGAGAAAGCUACGGAAGAAGUUUCCAAAAACCUCGUUGCCAUGAAGGAGAUCCUGUACGGCACCAACGAGAAGGAGCCGCAGACGGAGGCCGUGGCCCAGCUCGCCCAGGAGCUCUACAACAGCGGCCUGCUCAGCACGCUGGUGGCCGACCUGCAGCUCAUCGACUUCGAGGGCAAAAAAGACGUGGCUCAAAUUUUCAACAAUAUUCUCAGAAGACAAAUUGGUACAAGAACUCCUACUGUUGAAUACAUCUGCACCCAACAGAAUAUUUUGUUCAUGUUAUUGAAAGGGUAUGAAUCGCCAGAAAUAGCUCUGAACUGUGGAAUUAUGUUACGGGAGUGCAUCAGACACGAGCCACUUGCCAAAAUCAUUUUGUGGUCGGAACAGUUUGAUGACUUCUUCAGAUAUGUGGAGAUGUCAACAUUUGACAUCGCUUCAGACGCAUUUGCGACCUUCAAGGAUUUACUUACAAGACACAAGUUGCUCAGUGCAGAGUUUCUGGAGCAGCAUUAUGACCGAUUCUUCAGUGAAUAUGAAAAGUUACUUCAUUCAGAAAAUUAUGUGACAAAAAGACAGUCACUCAAGCUUCUCGGGGAGCUGCUGUUGGACAGACACAACUUCACGAUUAUGACGAAGUACAUCAGCAAACCUGAGAACCUCAAGUUAAUGAUGAACCUUCUACGAGACAAGAGCCGCAACAUCCAGUUUGAGGCCUUCCAUGUCUUUAAGGUGUUUGUCGCCAAUCCCAACAAGACCCAGCCCAUCUUGGACAUCCUGCUGAAGAACCAGGCCAAGCUCAUCGAGUUCCUCAGCAAGUUCCAGAAUGACAGGACCGAGGACGAGCAGUUCAACGACGAGAAGACCUACUUGGUCAAACAGAUCAGGGAUUUGAAGAGACCAGCCCAGCAGGAAGCCUAAUUUCCAAUAAACAUCUAAAAUAUUAAACCCAAAUUCAGCAUUUGCUGUUAGCUACUCAGCAUCAGGCACCCUUACUGAGUCAUGAGGAACAGGACUGCUAGUCUGCUGUUAAGUGAACGGUUUUCGUUUUACCUUUUCGUUUUUUUAGUCCGAGCUGGAGAACGUAGCUGCUGCUUUCUUGCGCACUAGAGCACAUGUGGACCUUUCCUGAUGUUUGGUGUCAUUGCAGAAUUCAGAGACUCGCUGUGGGAAUUCUGAAAACGGCCGGGCUCCUGAAGGCCGACGUGGAGGUGAUGGUGUGGCUUAGGGAGGAGGGCAC